UUUGCCUGUCAUUGUUCCGCAUCUAUAUCGGGGUCUGGUUUGCGAAUACAAAUAAUUUAAAAACAAGCCGUGAAAGGCUUUUACCAUGUCUGAAAUGGAAGUAACAGAGGGCGGGAAUGAUUGCGCCAAUGAUUUAAUGCUGCUAGAUAGAGUGUUCCUACGACUUGGCAAUGCGGACUCUGAUGACCAGCUGGAAAGCUGCCUCGGAAGGUUUCUGUGUCCAGUGAUUCUAAAACUGUCAUCACCUCAUGAACAGGUGCGGACGAAAGUCAUGGAGCUGUUGGUCCACGUGAACAAGCGCGUCAAGUGUCGCUCCGACGUGCAGUUACCGGUGGAGACGCUGCUGCAGUUGUACCGGGACCCGAAUGCAAAUAGCUUCAUUAUUAACUUCACAAUAAUAUACAUCACGAUGGGUUUUGGCCGGAUGCCGCGCGACCAGCAGCUGCGCCUCGCGCCGUCCUUGCUCGAAGCUCUGGAGAACAAGCCACAACCGCAUCAAGAUGGACUAUUAAUGUUGGUGAUGCCGGUACUGGGCGACAUAAAGGAGGCGGAAUUUAACCUGAAGGAGAAACCUAAACUUGCAGCCCUAGUGCUCAAGUUCGCUACAGACGUGCUGCUAUUGCCAUAUAGAGCGCUGCCGAACUCCGCCGAGUGCGAGUUCCAAGUGCCGGCGGGUUUGAGCGCCAACACGUUCAAGCGUCUCGUGGGUAAGAACCAACUGAACCCCAACCAAUUGGAAGAGAUGAAGCUAUCGAUAGUGAAUUUCAUCAGCAAGGAUAUCUUCAACACGCGCGACACCGUCCUGCCGCUGGUGGUGGCCGCCGCCGACUCCAGGUUCAGUAUCGCCAACCACGCCAACAGCCCUCUCAUCACUGCUACCAGUUCCGUGGAGUGGUCGCAGCCCGCGGUGGUGGCGCCACUGUACUCGCUGUACCUGGGCACGUGGGGGGGGCUCAAAGUGCCCCCGGACGACCGCAAGGUACCGGCAUGCACUCGGCUGCGUUUGAAAUUAAUUCAGUACUUAAACAAAGCCACUGGACCCGCCAUCAUGUUCCCGCAUUGUGUUCAGGUGGUGUUUUCAUCGCUGUUCGAUCCGAACACCAAUUCUCGUCUCAGAAACUUGGCGCUCAUGUUCUUACUAAACGUCGUCAACAGCGGAGACGAGACUCAACUGAAGAAAGUAGCUACAGUGUUUCUCCAGGGUUUGCUCAAAUUGAUCCGCUCAGAGGAAUAUCUCGAACAUCAACCCAAAGCUUACAUGUGUCUUGGCAGACUGGCCAUGAAGUGUCCGGACAGCAUCAACAACCAGUUCGCGUUGCUGGAGGAGCUGGUGAAGAAGAUUCCUGAAGCGACUCCUGAGGUGAAGACGGCACUGCGGGACGCGUUACUCGAGAUGGCAAACUCCUUCAAGAUAUCACCUGAUGAGACGUCGUCAGCGUCGCGCAUGGACGUGGACGAGCCGCUGCACGAGCCGCAAGCGCUGGCUCUGUUCGCUCUGCUCGACCUCUACAUGCAAAGUGAGGAGUCAAUGAUACGUUAUAUCGCCAUGCGGUAUUCUUCCACUGUGUUCCCGCAGGACUAUGUGCCGUCACGAUACUUGCUGUUGUUGGCCAGUGGCGAUAGCCAAGACGAAAUAUCAAACGAAGCGCUAAAAUGUCUAUACGGUACAUCUCGGCCGAUAGAGAUAGAGGACGUCGUCAACAAUGUGAGCAAGAAUGAGACAACAACAGUCAACAUGGACGUUGAUACCAACACGCGGGACAAGAAUAGAAUAGACGAGGUGGAAUUGAAAGUGCCUCGUUUCAAGACGGUUGUGAACUAUGUGUGGGACCAGAUGCAGAAGAGGAAGAACGGCACCAACUCUAAACAUAGGUUUGUGAUCGGGAAUCAGGUGUUGCAGUUCCAUCCGCUGACUUAUCAAGAGAUUCUCCGCUAUAUGCGCAUGUGUCUGAACCGUGACGCCAACCUGGCCGACUGCUCCAACCACCCCAACAACACCUCGCCGCAGCUCACCACGUACAUUCGCGAACAAUUGCUGGAGACUGAAGUUUUGGAGAGAUACCUCGCAAUGAUCACUUCACUACUCACUGCGAGCCCUGAUAUCAUGCCGCUAACAUGUUUCCUGGACAUAGUCGGUUGUGUUCCGGACAAAAUGGCGGCCAAAUACACAAACAUGUUGCCUUACCUAAAGACAAUAUUCACGACCAGUACCAAGGAAGAUGUCCGCGAUACGGCGUCUCUCAUUUACGCGAUCAUUACUGUGCACACCAGCGAUAAGGCGACGAUAGAUAAACAGAUCGCCGAGUUCGUGGUACAGGGUCAAGGGAACAAAAGUUUGGAGAGUCAGUGUGGGUAUUUGAGUGCGUUCGCGCAUAUGUGUGAGCGGUGUAUCAUUUUGGCGAAGAGGGGGAAGUUUGGGGGGAAGGGGUUCAAUGCGGCCAAUUGGGAGCCUUACCAACAAGGGGUUAUUUGUUUAGCCAACUUCCUGAUCAGCCCGCAAUCGCUGGUCGUGAACACGUCGUGUGGCGCCGUCGCGCUCCUGUGUCGGCGCUCGGGGCUGCCGCUGCCGAACACUUCUCCUAAACAAGACGCGCUAAUGCAAAGCGAGAACCCAUUGAAAGCCACAUGGGAUUCAGACGACGUGGUCACGAAGUUCACGGUGGCCGAGCGCCUGUUCGCGAUCGUCGGCAAUGCCAAGCUACCCUCCAAAGUGAAGGAGAAGGCGCUUUACACCCUCGGACUGCUGUGUUGUGGCGAGCGAUUGACCUUCGCUCAGCAGAUUGUUAAGGGAUUCUUACUAAUGGCUAAGGAUAGCAAGGAGUUUGAGAUACACCUACAGAUCGGCGAGUCUCUAGUAUUGUGCGUCGAAGGCGUCAAUUCUAACGAAAAUAGAGACUUGUGGACAGAGGUACCGAAAGAGGGUUCGCAGAAGGUACGGGACCAUGAUGCGUUGAAGGAAAAUGAUGAUCUUUUAGAGUGGGUUCUGCACGAACUGUUCAAAAUAGGGAAACACCCUCACCCGCAUUCCAGACAAGCGACCAGUAUUUGGCUACUGGCACUGUUGAAGAAUUGCCCCGAGCGAGGGCCGAUCAAGAACAAACUGCAGCAGUUACAGGACGUCUUCAUGGACUAUCUGUCUGAAAACAGCGAAAUCGUGCAAGACGUAGCCAGCAAAGGGCUGAGCUUAGUCUAUCAGAAUUCUGACGAAAGUCAGAGGCAAGCGCUAGUCGGGCAGAUAGUGGAGCAAUUGAGUAGCGGGAAACGAGCGGUGACUCAGGUCACUUCGGAUACUCAGCUGUUUGAGGAGGGACAACUUGGCACUGCGCCUACGGGCGGCAAUCUAUCGACAUACAAAGAACUGUGCUCACUAGCGUCAGACUUGAACCAACCGGAUCUUCUGUACAAGUUCAUGCAUUUAGCUCACCACAACGCUGUGUGGAACUCCAAGAAAGGCGCGGCGUUCGGUUUCCACUCGAUCGCGCUGAGCGCGGGCGCGCAGCUGGCGGCGCGGCUGCCGCACAUCGUGCCGCGCCUGUUCCGCUACCGCUUCGACCCCGCGCCGCGCCUCCAUCUCGCCAUGACCGCCAUCUGGCACGCGCUCGUGCCCAACACCCAUCUCACGGUUCAAAAGUAUCACAAGGAAAUCCUAGAAGAUCUUGUUACAAACUUAACAUCCAACCAGUGGCGUGUGAGGAUGUCUUCUUGCAAUGCCCUCGCCGAUUUGUUACGGGGCGCACAGAGUCUGCACGAAUCAUUACCACAGUUACCAACGAUCUGGGCACAGUUGUUUAGAGUAAUGGAUGAUGUCCACGAAGGCACUAGGCAAGCUGCCACCUCUACUGCUAAUGUCUUGUCCAAGCUCUGUAUCCGCGCAUCAGACGUGAGCCAAGGCAAAGACGGAAAAGAGAUAGUGUCAGCGAUUUUGCCAGUCUUGCUCGACACCGGCAUCACCAACCUUGUGAAGGAAGUCAGGAGUGUCAGCCUCCAAACAGUGUCAAAGCUAGUCAGCGCGGCCGGCGAGAGCCUCAAGCCAUUCCUCCCUAAACUGAUACCGGCUUUGGUCGGCGCGGCCGGCGACCUGGAGUCCGCCAAACUGUCGUACCUCAGCACCGCGCUGGCUGACAGCGGCUCCAGGGAGAUGCUGGACGACCUGAGGGCCAACGCCGCGAGGCAGCAUUAUACUACUGACACGGUUGUUAAGUGCAUGCCGUACAUCGACAUCGAAGUGAUGAAGGAAAUGCUACCAAAGAUCCUAGAACUAAUGAAAUCACCUCAGCUCGGAACUAAAGUGGCUUGCUGCCAUUUCAUUGUGCUCGCUGCGCAUUAUCUUAGAGCGGAGUUGGAGCCUUUGGCUGGAAAACUGAUGUCAAAUCUACUAAAUGGAACCUUCGAUAGGAACCCUACUGUGAGGAAGAAUUGUGCCGAAGCGUUGGGACAAGUUUCUGCUUAUGCUAAGAGUCAAUCAGCUGAGAAACUCAUGAAGAAGUUAGUCGCCCUUUACGAGACAAAAGAAGAUGACGCGUCUCGCUCGGCCAUUGCCCUCACCCUCAAGUCCGUGGCCAAAGCCAAGAUAGAGCAUGUCAAAGACAAUGAAGAAGUCUUGGCCCCGGUUGUGUUCUUGGCUAUGCACGCACCUAAAGACAACGAUGAUUCGUCAACAGUGGAGAUGUACGAAGAAAUUUGGACAGACAUCAGCCCGGCAAGGGAGAGCGGGAUCCGGCAACAUCUCCCUCUUAUCAGAGUAGAGAUUGAGAAGGCGCUUGGUUCGAGCAGCUGGACCAAGAAGAUACAGGCAGCACACGCAAUAAAAACUGUUUGCAAAGAGCUAUCAACCGGACUCGGCGACCAGAGAGAGCCGUUGCUGCGGGCGUUGUUGGCGGCCGCGCACGGCAAGACUUUCGACGGGAAACAACACCUACUUGAGGCCUUAGCUGAACUCUGCAGUGUGAAAGACGGCGAAUCCCUCUCCCCGAGCCUGGCCGAAGACUGCAUCAACGCUCUCAUCACAGAAUCCCGCAAACAGGAGCUGAGCUACAAGAGACACGCAAUCACUUCGCUCGGAGCUGCUUUGGCCGCCACCGACUUUGAUAGAUUCAACCAGGUGUAUGACAUUGUCAAGGUCAUAUUGUCCAAGGACGAGCAUUCGAUGGACAAGGAAUCCGAUGAAGAAGACAACGAAGGCGCGAGACUGAGACGAGAACAACUGACCGCUCUGAAGGAAGCGGCCUACGAGCUGCUGGGCAAGGCCUGGCCGAAGGACUUGCAUUCUCAAGAAAAAUACCAAGACGUAUUCUUCUCCCACUGCGCUCAAUCGUACCCCAACAGCUCUCGCUCCACGCAGCUGGCGAUACUGUCGUCGCUGUGGCUGGUGCUGCGGCGGCUGCCAGCGCUGGACGCGGACGCGGCGGCGCAGCGCCGGGAUCAGGCUGUGGCCAGCGUCACGUCACAAGUCUCUAGUAUUAUUGAGUAUACGCUCAAAAACAGUAACCAAGUGAGGCACAGGAGGGACGCGUUGCAGAUCAUGGAAGUACUUAUCAAGAAAUUGAAAGAUUUAAACAGAACCACAGAACUGAAUAGGUUAAAGGAAAUCUACCAAACUUACGCACAAGACCUGUCCAAGGACUCGUCACACGAAAUACGCUCUAAAGUAGAAAGCAUCAAGGACCUUUUUAAGUAAUGGCACGUAUGUAUUUCUAAUUUAUUUACAAUGAAUUUGGACAUAAUAAAAAAUCUCUUCUCAA